GACAGGCAGAGCAACAUCCUGUGGAUAGAUGAUUGAACUAUCGCGAGAAUUCUGGCCCUAUAAAUCCCACCGGAACCUACGCAAUGCCUUCUUUUUCCUGCCUACAGAAAAUCACCAAAUGGCGGACGACGCCGGUGGUAGUAGAGGAGGCUUUCGCGGAGGUUUCGGCACUGGGGGCCGGGGUCGCGGCCGUGGACGCGGCAGAGGCCGCGGACGUGGUCGUGGUGCCAGGGGUGGCAAGUCCGAGGACAAGGAGUGGGUGCCCGUCACCAAGCUGGGUCGCCUUGUCAAGGACAUGAAGAUCAAGUCCCUGGAGGAGAUCUACCUGUACUCCCUCCCCAUCAAAGAGUCUGAGAUCAUCGACUUCUUCCUGGGGUCUGCUCUGAAGGAUGAGGUCCUCAAGAUCAUGCCUGUGCAGAAGCAGACCAGGGCCGGACAGCGCACGAGGUUCAAGGCCUUCGUCGCCAUUGGUGACUACAACGGCCAUGUGGGUCUGGGAGUGAAGUGCUCCAAAGAGGUGGCCACUGCCAUCCGCGGUGCCAUCAUCCUGGCCAAGCUGUCCAUCGUCCCCGUGAGGAGAGGCUAUUGGGGUAACAAGAUCGGAAAGCCCCACACCGUGCCCUGCAAGGUAACUGGCCGCUGUGGCUCAGUCCUUGUGCGUCUGAUUCCCGCCCCCCGUGGUACUGGUAUUGUGUCGGCUCCUGUUCCCAAGAAGCUGCUCAUGAUGGCCGGUAUCGACGAUUGCUACACUUCCGCCAGAGGCUGCACUGCCACCCUGGGCAACUUUGCCAAGGCCACAUUCGACGCCAUUUCCAAGACGUACAGCUAUCUGACUCCUGAUCUCUGGAAGGAGACUGUCUUCACAAAGUCUCCCUACCAGGAAUUCACGGAUCAUCUGGCAAAGACCCACUCCAGGGUUGCAGUUCAGAAGGCUCUCCAGGCAGCAACUUAAAUUGCUUUUGUACAACAAAAUGGUGGAAAUAAAAAGUUAAAAACA